GGCGCCAUCCUACCAAAGACGCAGCAGGACGCUGCCGGUCGCAGUUCUCGCGAUGCUACAUGUUUCCCCUCCUCUUCCCCCGUGUGUCCAACAUGGCAGUCGGAAAAAAUAAGAGGCUAACUAAAGGAGGAAAGAAAGGUGCUAAGAAGAAGAUCGUUGAUCCUUUCUCCAAGAAGGACUGGUACGAUGUCAAGGCACCAGCCAUGUUCAACAUCCGCAACCUUGGCAAGACCUUGGUUACCAGGACACAGGGAACUAAAAUCGCUUCGGAUGGCUUGAAGGGGCGCGUGUUCGAAGUGAGUCUGGCUGACCUGCAGAACGACGAGGUGGCCUUCCGGAAGUUCAAGCUGAUCACCGAGGAUGUGCAGGGCAAGAACUGUUUGACCAACUUCCACGGAAUGGAUCUGACUAGAGACAAGAUGUGCUCCAUGGUCAAGAAAUGGCAGACUAUGAUCGAGGCUCAUGUCGACGUACGGACCACGGACAGCUACCUGCUCCGCCUUUUCUGCGUUGGCUUCACCAAGAAACGCACCAACCAGAUCAGGAAGACCUCGUAUGCCCAGCACCAGCAGGUCCGUCAGAUCCGCAAGAAGAUGCUGGAGAUCAUGACUCGAGAGGUGCAGACCAACGACCUGAAGGAAGUCGUCAACAAACUGAUCCCUGACAGCAUUGGCAAGGACAUUGAAAAGGCCUGUCAGUCUAUAUACCCUCUGCACGAUGUCUUCGUUAGGAAGGUGAAGAUGCUCAAGAAACCUAAAUUUGAACUGGGCAAGUUGAUGGAAAUCCACGGUGAGGGUGGCACCAGCAGUACCACCAAGGCCGGGGGUGAUGACAGCGGUGCCAAGGUGGAGAGGGCUGACGGCUAUGAGCCCCCAGUCCAGGAGUCCGUCUGAAGACCCUCAACACCCACAACGUUUAAUAAAAUAAUGGAUUUUUUUUGAUUGAA